CCUCGCAGCAUCCUUGGAGCCUCCUCUGGACCCGUUCCAACAGCUCCAUCUCCUUCUUACAUUGAGGAUUCCAGAACUGGACACAAUCCUCCAGAUGAGGUCUCACAGAGAGGAGCAGAGGGGCAGAAUCCCCUCCCUCCCUGCUGGCCGCGCUGCUUUGGAUGCAGCCCAGGACAAGUUGUCGGCUUGUGUCGAGCUUCUCAUCAACCAGUACCCCAAGUCCUUCUCCACAUGUUUGGAGACGUAAAAAUAGUCCACUUUUUAUAAUAAUAACUAUUUCUUGUAUCAAAACCACCAGCAAAAGGAUGGAGCUGUGAUGCUGCCCAGCUGAAAAGGGACCCGCGGGGAAGGUCUGAGCAGCCCCAGGUAAGACCAGGGAACAGGGAGAAGAGCAUCCCUCAUCUCCAAAGCCUGCUUUGGGGUGUCCAAGGUGGGUGGUUAAUCAAGAUGGUUAAUGGAAUUGCAAAGGCUUCCUUCCUUUACAGCACCAACCGCUUAUCGGUUGGCUUCUACUUAAAAGCAAAAGGGUUGAGUUUCUGCCGCCAGGGCUGUCCUUGCGCCGGAGCUCCUGCACCAGGGCUGCAGGUCUGAGCUGGUUAAGGAGCUUCUUUGGGAGCUGCUCCGGCAUCGGUUCCCAUGCUGCUUGGGCAUAAGAAUCCGGAUUUAAUGCUUCCCUCCGUACACUGCUCACGUUCUGCUGCCGGGAAAGGUCUUUGCAGCUGCUUUGAUGUGGAGCAGUGAAGUGGGGAGGGCACUGUGGGAAGGGCUCAGAUCCCAACAGUGUGGCUUGGGAAGGGAUGGAGAGGGUCUUUCCUGAUGAUGCUUGGCACAACAGCCUCGUUAUUGGCAUCCCUACUGCCCCGGAGACAUUCCCAGUCUCCUCACCCUCCUGGUUUCCAUGCCUAGACCGUGGUCCACUCCAACUCCCAUGUUGUCUCCUCCUUUUCCUUGCUGGAGAUGGUGCUGAGGGGAGCUGCAUCCCAGGUUUUUGCUGCAUCUGAGCCCCAGGUGCAAGCGUUUGUGUGGGGAAGAGGGUGGAAAACUGGACCCACGGGCUGUGCUGGCGGCCGGGAGCCGGCUAAGGCUUCCCGGUGGAAUGGCGGAUGCUGGAGCUCACGCGGUUCCUGUGCCCACUCUGUGUCUGCACAGGGGGAGCGAACAAUCCACGGUGCCUCCUCACCCCACCGGGAGAGGCUCCUGGUCCCAGGCAGGGCUCGGGGCCAAGCUGGGCUUGCUCCUCCCGGCUGGGCCGGAUGACAGAUGCCUGCGGUGGAGGAGGACGUGCUGCAGCCCCUGCUUCCAGCUUGGAUGCCUCCGAUCCAGAGCUGCACUACGAGGAGGAAGAUGAGGAUGAGUCGGAGUCCUCAGACACCGUCAGCAUCUGCUCUGACGACUCUGUCUACCCUUGCUAUGAGGUCUCCCUGGGGGCCGGUGGCACUGGGGACCUCAGCCUCUACCAGUGCUGUGCCAGGAACGAUGCCAAGCUGGUGCAGGAGAGGCUGGAGCAUGGGGUGACCCGGAGCGAGGCCAUGGAGCUGGAUGCCAACGGGAGGAACGCGCUGAUGGUCGCCUGCUACAAGGGCUUUGUGGACAUUGUGCCCCUGCUGCAAAAGUGCCCCUACAUCAACGUCAACCAGCAGGACAAGGAUGGGAACACGGCCCUCAUGAUGGCAGCCCAGGCAGGACACAUCACCAUCGUCAACUACCUCCUCAACUACUUCCCUGCGCUCGAGGUGGACAAGAGGGACCCCCGGGGUCUGACAGCACUGAUGAAGGCAGCGGUUCAGGGGCGACAGAACUGCGUGGCCGCCCUCCUCCUGGCGGGAGCAGACCUGCAAGCGAUGGAUCCCAUCAAGGGGAAGACUGCCAGGGAGUGGGCAGUAUUCACCGGCCGCUUCGAGACGACUGUGAGGAUCCGGAGCCUCCUGCGACGCCCACGGGCGGAACAGUUCAGCACCCGCUACCGGCCUGAGUGGCCAGCCCUGGCCGAGCUGGUAGCCAAAGCCCUGCGCCCCAAAUCAACGGGCAAGAGGCUGUCGGAGAAGAUAAAAUCCAUGUUCACCUUCAGCUUCCCCCACGACCCCGAAGAGGAUGGUGUGAUGGACCACAUGGUGAGGAUGACCACCUCCCUUGCCAGCCCCUUUGUGGCCACUGCUUGCCAAACAGUUUGUCCUGAGAGCCCUCCUGAGGUGGGCAAGCACAGGCUGUCCGUGCCGGAGAUCCUUGGGCACCACGUGCUGGAUCCGGAUGCUGAAUCGGAAACCACCUCGUGUCUCAGCACCAGUGCAUCUUCUUGCAAUGGCCAAGCCGUGUCGGAGAUCCGGCUCCUGCCAUCGCGCCGGCAGGCUCGUGGCCUCUUGAGCUUCCUGCCCCUCUGGCUGCGGCGUGGGAAUAUCAUCUUCCCCGGAGAACCUAUCCCCAAAAUCAAAGUGAGCAAAGACUCCUGCCCGCCUGCCGGCUCGAGGGAGCGGAGGAAGCCCAAGGGGGACAAGAACCUCUUGCAGCCACCAAAGUGGAAGUACAAGGAGCUGCAGGAGGAGAAGAAAGCAGCCAAGGAGGCAAAGAAAGAGGAGAAAAAGAAGAGGGGAAAACAUAAGUGAGAUGUGUCAGGGUAGGGGUGAGGUCCCAGCUGUUCUCUUGGACCUGCUCGUUUGGCACAGGAGUGGUUUCCUGCCCUGGUGGGAUGGUGAUGCUUGAGGGAAGAGGGUGAUGUGGCCGUACCCAGCUGAGAUGCCCCAAACCCCUUGGUCCUGGGUGCCCAGCCCCUCGUCCUCUCCUGCCUCAAGAGUGACUGCUCCGGUUGUGUUGUGACCCUGCUCUGGGUCUGCCAGGGAGCAGAGUUGGGUCAGAAGGGGCUUUUCUAUCUUCUUUUUUUUUCCUUUUUUUUUGGUUUGGUUGGGUUCUUUUAUUCUUAAUACCUCUGAUCUUGAGAUCUGCAUCUUGCAGCACGUGGUGGAACGCAGCCAUGCAAAUUGAAAUGGAAGCGGUUGUCAUGUUAACAGCAUUGAUUUAAUGAAUAAAGCUCAGGGCUGCUUGUUGGGCUGGGGGGUCUGCUUCGCCCUUGCUGCCAGCAUCCCCGGGCCACGCUGCCACCCUCUCGGUGAUGUUAACUACCCCACUCCUACGUAUUCCUGGGUUGCAGAUAGACAAACACAAGGAAGCAUCUCCGUGCUUCAGGAGGGUUCACAGGAGCUCUGGGUGCCAGGCAUGGGCUGGAAACCAAACCUGGGGUGCUUGUGGGCUCCAUCCUGCCUGGACACCACACUCUGGAGCAUCCUCCAUCCUCUGGAGCAGGGACAGGCAGAGAAGAGACAGCUGUUGGGCUGCAAUGUUACCCCAAAUCGGGACCCAGGUCCUUCUUCCCGAGCAAACCCCACUGUCUGGGAGCUCCAGCCUGCACCUGUAUGGAGCCCCAGGACCUCUCACCAGCUCCUGCCUGGGACUGAUUCCCCCAAGGGGCAAUGCAGCCGUGUUUUUGUUGGGUGCUGAUGCACCCUGGAUGAGCUGCAGCGAGCUUCUGCUUCCUAUAUUUCAAGCUCCUUUUAAACCCAGCUCCAUCCUAGGGCGUAGGAAGGUGAACUCGGGGUCCUGAGCAGUUGCGCUGCCUCCUGCAGCACCCGAGCACCCAGGGUUU